ACAAGCCACAGCGCGCGACUGUUAAAAAACAAUAACAAGGCAGGGGCAGAGGGUGGGGCGCGAGCAUAGGGGCGCGAGGAGCAGCUGUAUGAACACACCCCGCUUUCAGAGCGAGAGCAGAACCCAGGUGGCUGAUGCGGACAGGUCUAUAUAACUGCAGAGGCAGAUUUGGAUGUUACCUCUCAGGACUUUUGUGCUGUAUGUGAAACUCCUCGCCAUGGCAUCGAAGAAGGCGAAGAAGAAGACAGCCGAGUCUGGCUCCAAUGUGUUCAGCAUGUUUGAACAGUCACAGAUUCAGGAGUUCAAAGAGGCCUUCACCAUCAUGGACCAGAACAGAGAUGGUUUCAUUGACAAGGGGGACUUGAGAGACACAUAUGCUGCUCUGGGUCGUCUCAAUGUUGGCAAUGAUGAGCUGGAUGAGAUGAUGAAGGAGGCCUCUGGCCCUAUCAACUUUACCAUCUUCCUAGCUAUGUUUGGCGAAAAGCUCAAAGGUACUGACCCGGAGGAAACCAUUCUCAACGCAUUCAAGAUCUUUGACCCUGAAGGAAAAGGUGUCCUAAGAGGAGAGGACAUCAAGUACCACCUUAUGUUUCAAGCAGACAAGUUCAACAAGGAUGAGGUAAACCAGAUGUUCACAAACUUUCCCCUGGAUGUUUCUGGAAACUUGGAUUACAAGAACCUGUGUUAUGUUAUUACCCAUGGAGAAGACAAGGAGCAGGAGUGAAACAAUCAAUAACAUCCCUCAGAUCACCGGCUAAACAUGUCAUCUGAGACACUUCAAACUGACAACAUCACAUGUUGUCUUGUGCCACCCGCAGCUUUAACAAUAAAAGUUUAAUGA